GUCCUUUUCACAAUUCACAAUUCAACUUUGAAACCCUAAAAUCCCGCUCUCGAGUUCUCAAUCCUUUCGAAACCGUAGACCGCGAUGGCCGCAGAGAAGAAGAUGAUCACCCUGAAGAGCUCCGACGGCGAGGCGUUCGAGGUCGACGAGGCGGUUGCUAUGGAGUCGCAGACCAUCAAGCACAUGGUGGAGGAUGACUGCGCAGACAAUGCGAUCCCUCUCCCCAACGUGACCAGCCACAUCCUCGCCAAGGUCAUCGAGUACUGCCGGAAACAUGUCGAGGGUCGCACGGACGGCGACAGCACCGACGUCGGCAAGAUUGGCGACGAGAACACUCUCAAGAAGUUUGACGAUGACUUCGUCAACGAGAUCAAGGCUGAUCAGAAUGUUCUCUUUGACCUGAUCUUGGCUGCAAACUAUUUGAACAUCAAGAGUCUGCUUGAUCUGACCUGCCAGACCGUUGCUGACAUGAUCAAGGGGAAAACACCUGAAGAGAUCCGCAAGACUUUCAACAUCAAGAAUGAUUUCACCCCUGAGGAGGAAGAAGAGGUUCGCAGGGAGAACCAGUGGGCUUUUGAGUAAGUAGGAGGGCCCCUUCUCAACAAUGUUGAUAGUAUGAUAGGGAUGUCGAUAUAGCUAGAUGGGCCGUUCAUAUUUUGCUUCAAGGGGGUUUUUGGAAGGAGAGCUAAUGCUUUAUGGCUACUCAAAAUUUAAACGGUUUUUUGUUUAGUGAUUUUGCUUCUAGGUGGUCUUUAGUCUUUAGAGGGGCCGAGAUUUCUACAGACCUCUUAUAUUAUCUUAAUAUGAAACGGUUUUAUUAAUUUAUGGUCUUUUGCUA